AUGACCCUCUCCGGCGGCGGCAGCGCCAGCGACAUGUCCGGCCAGACGGUGCUAACGGCCGAGGACGUGGACAUCGAUGUGGUGGGCGAGGGCGACGACGGGCUGGAGGAGAAGGACAGCGACGCGGGUUGCGAUAGCCCCGCGGGGCCGCCGGAGCUGCGCCUGGACGAGGCGGACGAUGUGCCGCCGGCAUCCCAUCAUGGACAGCCUCAUACGCCCCACCAGCAGCCCCUGGCAUUGCCCAAGGAGGCGGCCGGAGCCGCGGCCGGGCCAGGGGGAGAGGCAGGAGCGCCCGAGGCGGACGGCUGCAAGAGCGGCGCUGGCGGCGAGGAGGGCGGCGCGAGCGGCGGCGGGCCGGGCGCGGGCAGCGGUGCGGCGGGCGGCCUGGCCCCGAGCAAACCUAAGAACAGCCUGGUGAAGCCGCCCUACUCUUACAUCGCGCUCAUCACCAUGGCCAUCCUGCAGAGCCCGCAGAAGAAGCUGACCCUGAGCGGCAUCUGCGAGUUCAUCAGUAACCGCUUCCCCUACUACCGGGAGAAGUUCCCCGCCUGGCAGAACAGCAUCCGCCACAACCUCUCGCUCAACGACUGCUUCGUCAAGAUCCCCCGCGAGCCGGGCAACCCGGGCAAGGGCAACUACUGGACCCUGGACCCGCAGUCCGAGGACAUGUUCGACAACGGCAGCUUCCUGCGGCGCCGGAAACGCUUCAAGCGCCACCAGCAGGAGCAUCUGCGCGAGCAGACGGCGCUCAUGAUGCAGAGCUUUGGCGCUUACAGCCUGGCGGCGGCGGCAGGCGCCGCGGGACCCUACGGCCGCCCCUACGGCCUGCACCCGGCGGCUGCGGCCGGUGCCUACUCGCACCCGGCGGCUGCGGCAGCUGCGGCGGCCGCCGCGGCGCUCCAAUAUCCGUACGCCCUGCCACCGGUAGCUCCAGUGCUUCCGCCUGCCGUGCCGCUGCUGCCUUCGGGGGAGCUGGGCCGCAAAGCGGCCGCUUUCGGCUCACAGCUCGGCCCGGGCCUGCAGCUGCAGCUCAACAGCCUGGGCGCUGCCGCGGCAGCUGCAGGCACGGCGGGCGCUGCGGGCACCACGGCGUCGCUCAUUAAGUCCGAGCCGAGCGCGCGGCCGUCGUUCAGCAUCGAGAACAUCAUCGGCGGGGGCCCCGCGGCUCCCGGGGGCUCGGCGGCGGGCGCUGGGGGCGCCGGCGGCACUGGGGGGUCCGGGGGCGGCGGGGGCGCUGGCACAGGGCAGUCCUUCCUGCGGCCGCCCGGGACCGUGCAGUCGGCGGCACUCAUGGCCACGCACCAGCCGCUGUCGCUGAGCCGGACGACCGCCACCAUCGCGCCCAUCCUGAGCGUGCCUCUCUCUGGACAGUUCCUGCAGCCCGCCGCCUCGGCCGCCGCGGCUGCUGCCGCCGCCGCGCAAGCGAAGUGGCCAGCGCAAUAG